ACCCUCACUGAAACUGUAUUUCUGUUUGUCCCCAGGUGAAUGGCGAGGAGAGCGAAGGAUGUUGGACAUCACCAGAGACAAACCCGUCAAGGUGUGCGUACGAGUCGUCGUGCCCGUCCGGGACCAUCCCAAAUUCAACUUUGUGGGCAAACUGCUGGGUCCUAAAGGAAACUCCUUGAAGAGGUUACAGGAAGACACCAUGUGCAAGAUGGCGGUCUUAGGACGGGGCUCGAUGAAGGAUAGGCAGAAGGAGGAAGAGCUCCGUGUGUCAGGGGAUCCGAAGUUUGCUCAUCUGUCUGAUGAACUCCACGUUGAGAUCAGCGCCUUCGCUACACCAGCUGAAGCACACGCCAGGAUCGCGUACGCACUGGCUGAACUUAGGAGAUUCCUAGUACCGGACUACAACGACGACAUCAGACAGGAGCAGAUGCUGGAAAUGCAGAUUCUGUCCUCACAGACCGAGCAGCGCCGACUCACUCCUCCCGAGUCCUCCCGGAGCGGCAGCGAAGAAGCACUCCCACUUAGGGAUACGACGCAUAAACAGAGACUCUCCGGAGUGCCUCCAUCUCCGGCGCCGGCAUCUCUGCCUGGUGGCAUUGCCAUCAACCACGGCACCAACACUCGGGACUUCUCACCACCAGCACCGACACCAGCACCUGAUCAUUUGUCUGCUGCACAUCAUCAGCUGGCAGCUGGUCACACGGGACACGGCGUGCUAGUGGGAGGGGGAGUGCUGCAACAACCCCCCACUCAUCACCUGCUCACACAAAACUCUAUACUUGGUGGUGGCGAUAUCCUCGGGCUGAGCAGCCCAGUGCUGGGCGGCGUGCUGCACGCUCACCCGGCGCUGCGCGGUGUCAAGCCUGCCGCCGUCCACGCGCUGGCGACACAAGGUGCAGCUGGGCCGGGGGCUGCGAGUACGGCGCGCAAGCGACCACUGCUGGGAGGCACUCGGGCCGCUAUGUCACCGACUAAACGCGCCGUGAUGACCCUACUGGCGCGCGCUAGGGCUGCGACACACAAACACGCGCCCACGUGGCCGGCGCCCCACGAGCACACAGGCCUUCUACCACUUAUAAGGGACGAGUUCGUGACUGGUGUAGGCGUCAAUAUCAAUCUAGCAUAA